GCAGCUGCCUGUUUUCCUUUCCGGCCGCCAUCUUGGCUCCUCCCGCGUGUGCUCCCCCGGGCUGUGCGCUUCGCUCCGCGGACUCCCGCUUUUUCUCCCCCCUGCCCCGGCUGGGCGGCUUCUUCCCGAGAAGAUGAAAGAAACUAUCAUGAACCAAGAAAAACUAGCUAAGCUCCAAGCACAAGUGCGCAUUGGUGGGAAGGGUACUGCCCGCAGAAAGAAGAAGGUGGUUCAUAGAACAGCUACAGCAGAUGACAAGAAGCUUCAGUUUUCUUUAAAGAAACUAGGAGUAAAUAACAUCUCUGGUAUAGAGGAGGUAAACAUGUUUACAAACCAGGGCACAGUCAUCCACUUCAACAAUCCUAAGGUUCAAGCUUCUCUAGCCGCUAACACUUUCACAAUCACAGGCCAUGCUGAGACAAAGCAGCUGACCGAAAUGCUGCCUAGCAUCUUAAACCAGCUUGGUGCUGACAGUCUUACAAGCUUGAGGAGACUAGCAGAGGCUCUACCUAAACAACCUGUGGAUGGCAAAGCACCUCUUGCUACUGGAGAAGAAGAUGAUGAUGAAGUUCCUGAUCUUGUGGAAAACUUUGAUGAGGCUUCAAAGAAUGAAGCAAACUGAACUGUCACUUUGAGCAAACUUGAAAAUUAUAUGGAGCUGCUAUUUUAUAUUGUAACUUUAUUUGUAACAAUUUUGUACUGAUCUUAAGCUUAAGAUCUGUAGUAUUUGGAAACUCCCACAAAUUGCAGCUCUUUUCAGUUCUUGCUAGUGCACGGAGCAUUUAAUUGCGGCUGAGUUGGAAGUACACAAAAUUGAAAAGUAUUACUUCAAAAUGCUAAUAAAGACUAAAUGUUUAGGCAAAUAUUUUAGUAGUAUUUUGUACAUAAAAUUUUAACAUGAUCUCUGGGUACUUGUGACCAGUGAUACAAAGUGGAGCACCUUGGUUUUAAACCUUAUGAAAAAUAAAUAUUAACUUAUUGAAUCAUC